AUGAUAGAAUUAUCUUAAAUUGGAAUGAUAUAGGAAGAAAACUCUACUUAAACAGGAUUUCAAGACUUAGAAAACAAAGAAUAUACAUCUAUAAAAACAAUAUUCCAAGAAUUGGAGGAUAUUAAAUAAUUCCAACUCAACAAUAAUCAAGAGUUUUAAAAUAUAAUGGAUUAAUGCUUGUUUUAUUUUAACUUUACAAACGACAAAUUUUUUUACCAUUAAUCUUAACAAGCGAUAAAUCCAAAUAUAAUUAAGAGCUGGAAUGAUGGAUUUUUAAAGAAAGAUAAUGAUUAGUAAAUUAUAGCAUACUUUUAGAACAUUAUCAAAGUUGAUGAUCAACUUGAAGUAAUAAAUUAUGGUUAAUUAUCAAAAAUAAAACUCUUUGUGAAAUGGUUUUUGGAAAAAAAUAAAUUUAAAAGAUUGACAUUUGUAGUUUAAUUUAAUAAAGAGUAAAAUGUAGAUGAAUUAGAAAAAAAAAUGAAACAUCGAAUAUAUUAAUUAUUUGAAGGAUUUUUCGAAGAAGCUAAUGAGGAUAUUAUGAUAUUUUGUGUCUAAAGUAAUAAAGAAAAUACAAAUGGUGAUUUAGAAAUUAUUUAAUAUGAAAAGUUCGGAUAAAUAUAUAUUCUUAAUCAAUAAGAAUUCCAAAAUGAAUUGAUACAAAUGGACGUUUCCGAAAUAACUGUUAAUUAUUUUAACUAAAUUAGCACUAAUAGAAUUACAGUAAUGUAGAAGGAUAUAUAUUUUAAGUCUAUUGGAUACUCUUGCAAUUAAUACAUUUAAAAUAAGAUAUUAAUUGUGUUUUAUGAACUCAAUAAAAUAAUUUCCCUAUUAAAAUUCUAACUUAAAUCUUUAUUAGAGUUGCCAACAAACCUUAAUAAGGAAUAAAAUAACGAUCCUAAUAUAAAGAAAUAUUAGAAUGAUUUAAAAUAAUUAAUCUACAUAAUUAUGGAAAAAAUAUCUCAUGAAAUAGAAAAAUCGUAAUUAUAUAUAUUAAUUUGCAAUAUCUUAAAUAUUGUUAGAGAGUCUUCAUAAUGCAUUAAAGAAGAUUUACAAAAUAUGUAAGAUAUUCCAAAUAUUUCUUGGAAAAUUAAAAAAUAUCUAUCGGAAUAAUAAAACAAUAUUCUUAAUUUCUAAUUUGAUUUUUAAUCAGAAUAUAAUAACAUUUUGGAAUAUUUCAAAGAAUAUUAGAUAUCUGAUUAUGUAAAGUAAACAAUUUAAUAAUUUUAAAUAUAACUGAAAUUUUGGUUUGAUCAUUAUGAGUCUUACAUACCUUAAAGGCUCUUCUUUUUCAGUAAUCUUUUUCAUAACUCAAGCAAUUUUUAAAGUACAGACAAUAGUUAGUACGUUGUUUUGCUAGGGUUAACUAAAGUAGGAAAGAGCACUCUUAUGAAUAUUAUAAGCAAUCCAGAUAAUAUGAAACUAGUAAAAACAAGUUCAGAAAGUUAAAGUUUCGAUGUAAUUGAUGUUGAUAAAAGUAUAUUAAUUUCUCACACAAACAAUAGUUAAACUUGCUAAACAAUCGACUUAGGGAUAAGAAUUAAUGAUUCUGAUUGGAUAUUUAUUGAUACUCCUGGAUUAGGAGAUACAUGUGAAGAAAGAAGAUUGAUUAAUCAAAUCAACAUCUUUUUAAGAUUAAAAAAAUCAAAAUAAUUUGUUAUUCUAUUCUUGAUAGAUGGAGAACAACUUAAUAAAUCAAAAAAGGAUUUAUUGGAAUUAAUAGAACUUACAAAUAAUUUUUUUAAUUAAUAAAUAAGUACAUAAAAUUUAGAGUAAAUUCUUAUACCUGUAUUUACAAAGGUUAGUUAAGGUAUGAUGACAGAUAUAAAAAAAAGAUGGGAGACAGAGACUAUGAAUAAUUGCAAUAAUAUAAAAGAGAAAGAAUUUUUAAGGAUUUUAAAAAAUAAAAUUGAUAGCAAUUAAUAUAUUUUAACAUUAAAAGCAGAGAGUUAUUUCACAAGUAAUUUGAUUUAGUUGUAAGAGACAAAAGCAAAACUAUUUAAUGAAAUUUAAUAAUUAAAGCAAAGCGCAGAGCAAGACGAAAUACUUAUUAAUGAUAAGAGAAAUUAAAAAGAGAAAAUCGAAGAACAAAUUCAAGAUCUAGAAAAUAAUAAUUCUGAAAUUGAAUUUAAAAUCAGAAGUUCAAGCAUUUAUGAUUUAAGAGAAUAAAUUUUAAGUUAAUGUUAAUUACUAAUUUAUUAAUAGAAGGAACAACAUGAACAACUUAAUUUAUAAUUAUCUUUAACACCAUCUAUGAAAGAAAGUUUUGAGAUUGUUUUAAAAUAAUUAAACAACCUUAAUAUUAUUAUUGAUGAAUUGAUAUCAGAUGCAAUUGUUUAUAACAUUUUAUAUAAAUCAAGAUCAUUAGAUGAAAUUGAGAAAUUACUUUAAUAUAUCUAAGGCAGCUUAUAGAUGUUUCACAAAUAACAAAUAAAUUGUGAAUAAUUUUUUUUGGACAUUUGUGAAAAAUUGGAUAUGGCAAAAAAUAUAUAAUAUUUAGAUAAAGAAUUAUCCUAAAUAUUUAAAUUUCAUUAUUUAUGCUCAAUAUGUAUCCCAGGCUAGAUUGAAAUCUAGUAAUAUUUUUAACAACUAAAAUCCAACAUAUGUAAACUAAAAACAAAUUGUACAAAAGUAAAGGAUACAAUAACAACAUAGAUAUUAGAAUGUUAAAUAAUAAGAAUAUUUACCAAAAUUAAGACUUUAAUUAACCCUAACAUGAUCAGAAUGGCUUUUCCAUUUUAUUUUAUUUAUGAUUUGUAUUACUAAAUCAAGUAAUUAAAAUUAGAAUAAGAUAUAAAGUAAUAUAAUGAGGCAGUUUUACAAUUAAUUAGAAUAGGAUAUUAUGAUAAUAUUUGA